CCCCUCUUUUCCUAGUACAGAGACCCGUACUAGUCUUUGCGUGAAUAUCAGAACAUAACAUACUUCACAUUGGCUCGAUCGUCGCAUUCCAAAUGGUUGGCGUGCCAAAAAGCACCGGAUGUAUCAUUUGCAGGAAAAGAAAGAUCAAGUGCGACGAGACUUGGCCAGCAUGUGCGAACUGCCAGAAGAACAGAAAAUGCUGUCCCGGACCUCCUGCACGUCACACGUUUCGAGAUCUAGGACCAAAGCUCCAAGGAUCCGUCGCCGAUGAUCUAGAGACAUCCUCCUUGAGUAGUUCUGACAGCUCAGACCCAGUUGAGGUUGAAUCUGCUAUUUCGAACAGCGCAAAGUCGCGCCGGAAGUUGACCGUGGUAAACGAGAAGUGGGCCAAUGGAUGUGUGUAUCACAAGUGGAGGAUUUGCGCUGGUGGAGAUCAUCUGCUGUCCCAAAAAAACCAAUCUGGGUCACAGUCCCGACGAUCAUUGAUGCUACAACAGCCAUCGCUCUCAAGCGUAGAAAUCUUAACGCAGGCACUAGUGGCGGGCAUGUCGACUGGUAGCCAUGGCUACAAGCUCUCGCAUUUUGGUUCGUUCAUGACCGAAGUGCCCCGCCGCCUUGGCCAGAACGGUGCAUUAGAUGCUGCUGUGGCGUGUCUAGUGAGCGCUCAAGAGUGCAUGAUUCGCAGGAGGAGUGCCGAAGAAAUCACAGACCCAAAGCUAUAUCUCACUGCGGUGCAGAAUCUCCAGUUGUCAUUGGAAGACCCGGUGGAGGGCCUCUCGUCUAACACGCUUUGCGCCACCGUCUUGCUUAGUAUGGUUGAAGCGAUGGCCGGGCCGAGACAAGGCAACAGAUACCUCACCCACGCCGGAGGCGCUCGACGUCUCAUACAAUUACAAGGGCCAAACAACUUCCAGGACUCCUUCGCGAAAGACAUCCUCAGAUUCAACCGCGGUCCUGUUAUAAUCCACGCAAUCUGCCAACGCCGCCCCUGCUUCCUCGUAGAGCCCGAAUGGCUCUCAGUCGCCUUCGACACAACCGGCCUCUCCGACGACGACGCCCUCUACGCCGAGGUUCUCCUCCUAAUGGCGCAAUUCCCCUCUCUCCUCGGCGAUUUCAAAGCCCUCGAGCCCACCACCUCCUUCCCAACACACAACCCAAACCCCCUCUCCACCCACGUCUCCGCCCGCGCCUCCCUCCUCGCCCGCCUCCUCCACCUCAAACGCGCGCUCUACCGCCUCGAGCUCGACCUCACAGCCCGCCUUGUCGACGGCCGCGCCGCCAUCGAGCUCCCCUCCAUCCUCGCCACCACCCCUGUCCCCACCUCCUUCCACUUCACAUCCUGGCGCGUCGCCGUCGUCUACUCCUGCUUCUGGUCCUUGCUCCUCAUGGCCAACAAACUCCUGUUGCAACUCCUCCCCGCGGAUCCGUGCUCGCUCCCGGACGUAUUCGACCUUGAGCAGGAGUGCCGCCGCGUGAGCCACCAGAUCUGCAAGAUGUGGGAGGAUGCGUGGGCGCGGCGGCCGAUUGGCGCGUUCCACACGGGGUUGAGCUCGCUGGUGAGCUGGGAGUGGUGUGAGGAGGGGGUCAAGGAGUGGGUGAUUCAGGGGCAGAAUCGGUUGAUGGAGGAGCAGAUGGGGGUUGGAAAUGGGUGGAGAUGGGAUUGGGAGAGGUUUGGGGCGACUGCGGAGAAGUUGGUGGGUGGUGGAGAUAUGGGGAGCUGACGCAAGGUGAGGUCGCAAAAGGCUGUUUAUAUUAGCGAGGAGUAAUGGGGGUUAUAGGAUGUAUGUGCAUUCAUUUUAUGUAGCCUCUUCCUCUAGAGGUCUCUCUCUUCUAUAUCAUCAUCAUUUAAUACAGCACGUACACGGCAUACAGCUCCUUGUUCUGUGACAUAGUCAUUCUGGUUCAGAUGCAAUGCAUCGCCGUACCGGAGUACGACUUCCCGAGAACAGGGAGCGAAAAGCUAGCCAUCGCAGACUAUGAGU